ACGGGAGCCACUUCCGGGGGCGAUGGAGCGGGCGGCGGCAGGCUGUAGCUGAUGCCCAGGCCCCCCUGGCACGAUGCCCUCACGGACCAAUCUCUCUGCUGGCAUCCCCAGCAGCAAAGUGAAAUAUUCCAAACUCUCCAGCACCGACGAUGGAUACAUCGACCUGCAGUUCAAGAAGAGCCCACCCAAAAUCCCCUACAAGGCCAUCGCGCUGGCUGUGGUGCUCUUCAUGAUCGGGACCUUCCUCAUCGUCAUCGGAGCCCUGCUGCUGGCAGGGUACAUCAGCAAAGGGGAGACCGACCGCGCCAUCCCCGUGCUGAUCAUCGGCAUCCUGGUCUUCCUGCCGGGCUUCUACCACCUGCGCAUCGCCUACUACGCCUCCAAGGGCUACCGGGGCUACUCCUACGACGACAUCCCCGACUUCGACGACUGAACCGUUAAUUAAUUAAUUAACCCCGCGCUAAUUAGGCUGCUCGGAGCUGGUAGUUCCCCUGGCUGCUGGCAGGGCACGGCUGAUGCGUGUCCCUCUCGUGGCGCUGCUUCCCGGCCCUGAGGUGUUGCAGUUUUUCCGGUUUGGGGGGUGGGGGCUCCAGCCCCGAAUUGACCAAAAGGAAUUGUGAAGAACUUGGGAUUUAUGGGAUUUUUUUUCCCCUCAGGGUUGCGUAAUUCCGCUCGCUGGGAAGCUCUUCCUGGGCGAGGCAAUCCUUGCAAUUUUCCAGAAAUAGAUGAGCUGGUUUCGGCAGCAGAUAUUUGGUUUUUUUCUGUGUUUUCUAGAGUUUAUUUUAGCUUUCCAUGAGAUUGUGGUUAUUGUUGGGUUACCUGUGCAGACAGACUGUCAUUAAAUUCUCCUUUUGCUCUCUGUCCA